AUGGCAAGUGCAAGGACCUGGCCCUCGAGAGAAGGCUUCACAGCAGACGUGCUAGGUACUCUUAUAUCCCGAAGCAUCCUUGAUCCAUGGAAGGUGAUCCCUCUCUUUGCCUUUGCCCAAUAUACAACCAAGGGACAGGCUCUACUUUCGUCGCAUCCAAAGCUUCUCAAAGCCCUGCGUCAGCUUGCAGCCCUCGCUCUCCUAUCCCGCCUCAGCAACUGGCUGACUCGACGCACCCUCAAUAACGGCUUCAGCGACUCAUAUGACUGGAACAAGGAAGUCAUUGUCAUCACAGGUGGCAGCAAUGGCAUCGGUCAACGUAUCGCAAACCUGCUAGGCGAGAAGGAUAUCAAAGUUGCCAUCCUGGACAUAUCACCUCCAGACUCCCUCCCCAACAGCACCCGCUUCUACCAAUGCGACAUAACCUCACCUAGUGAAAUCGCCACAGCAGCCCAAGCAAUCCGCUCCUCCUUCGGCCGCCCAACAAUCCUAAUCAACAACGCCGGAGUCUGCACCGGCAAAACAAUCCUCUCCUCCACCCCCGAGCAAACCCGUCGCACCUUCGACAUAAACACCCUCUCACACUAUGCUCUCGCCAAAGAAUUCCUCCCAGACAUGGUCUCCGCUAACCACGGCAUGGUCGUCACCAUUGCUUCUCAGGCUGGUUACGCUGUUACACCCAGUAUGGUCGAUUACUCUGCCUCCAAGGCUGCGGCAAUUGCCUUUCAUGAGGGAUUGGCCGCUGAGCUGGUGACAAGGUACUCGGCGCCUCGGGUUCGGACUGUGCUUGUGACGCAGGGAUUUACGAAGACGGCUUUCAUUAAGGAUCUUACACCUGAGGAUACGUGGUUUAAUCCCCUGUUGCAGCCGGAGAGUGUGGCGAAGGCGGUGGUGAGGCAGGUUUUGAAGGGGGAGAGUGGAGUGGUUGUUUUGCCGGGCUCGGCGGGGUGGAUUGCCACUAGGUUGAGGGGGUAUCCGGGGUGGUUUCAACAUUUGUUGAGGUGUCGGUUGGAGAAGUUGAUGCGGACGGAGUGA